AAGAAGAGGACGAGGACGAAGAAGAAGAAGAAGAAGAGCAGUUUACCCGGCUGUUAACCAGCACCGCAAUAUUAUUUACAAAUUAAGCUCAUUUAAAGGCUGCAUGUUGGUGAAAAGGACCUGUUUCCAUAUUUUAAUAUGUAAUAUCCUUAUACAUAAGAGAACUGCAGUUCUUGGAUAAGAUAAAGUAAUGAUGUUUUAAAAGAGAAACCGUUAACCAAAUGCUAAUAUUAGCCGCGUUGUAGGGAAACGUGAGCUUUUGCAGUGUAUCUUAUACCUAAGUGUGCCGGUUUCCAUGAAGAUGAGGUGUCACUAUGAAGUAUUGGGAGUGAAAAGAGACGCAGGAGAUGAUGAUCUGAAGAAAGCUUAUCGGAAAUUAGCCUUAAAAUGGCACCCAGAUAAAAACUUGGAGAACGCCGAGGAGGCCGCAGAGCAGUUCAAGCUCAUUCAGGCAGCUUAUGAUGUCCUCAGCGAUCCGCAGGAGAGAGCCUGGUAUGACAAUCACAGAGAAGCUCUGCUGAAAGGAGGCCUUAGCGGCGAUUAUGAAGACGACAGCAUUGACCUCCUGCAGUACUUCACAGUCACAUGCUACUCAGGAUACGGAGAUGAUGAGAAGGGCUUUUACACGGUUUACAGGAAUCUUUUUGAGUCCAUUGUUAAGGAGGAGAUGGAGCACAGCAGGAUGGACGACGAGGAAGAGGAAGAAGGGUUUCCUCCCUUUGGAGAUUCUCAGAGCGAUUAUGACACAGUAGUUCAUGUGUUUUACGCCUACUGGCAGAGCUUCUGUACUCGCAAAAACUUUGCUUGGAAGGAGGAAUACGACACGAGGCAGGCGUCCAACCGCUGGGAAAAAAGGGCCAUGGAGAAGGAGAACAAGAAGACCAGGGAAAAGGCUCGAAAAGAGCGCAACGAGCUGGUGCGGCAACUGGUGGCCUUCGUCCGUAAGAGGGACCGGCGCGUCCAGGCCCACAGGAAGCUGGUGGAGGAGCAGAACGCUGAGAAGAUCAAGAAAACGGCGGAGCUGAGGCGACAGCAGAAGCUCCAACAAGCCAAGAUGGCAGAGGAGUACAAGGAGCAGAGCUGGGCCGCAAUGUCUGAGCUGGAGAAGGAGCUGCAGCAGAUUGAAGCUCAGUACGGAGAGGAGUUUGGAGACACAUCUGAGAGUGAGGAAGAGGAGAUGAAUGUGGACACAUUUAAAAAAAACAGUGAAAGAGAUGGAGAUGCUGAGCAGCCGAACGACGAUGACCCAACCAUCGACUGUUAUGAUGAUCUCUACUGCCCUGCUUGUGACAAGUCUUUCAAAUCUGAUAAAGCCAUGAAAAACCAUGAAAAGUCCAAAAAGCACCGAGAGAUGGUGGUGUUGCUACGGCAACAGUUGGAGGAAGAAGACGAUUCAUUGUGCUUGAAUGGAAAGGAGGAUGGAGAGAAAGAAAAUGACCUGCAGGAUGAGGGGGACGAAGAAGAGGAACAGCCAAGGCAAAAGCUGUCAAAAAAGCAAAAGAGGAAAAAGAAACAGCAGAAAGUGGUACAGCAAACUACUGUUGAGGGUAAAGAGGAGGAGGAGACGAUACCCAUACAGGCCACCUGUGAGGAAGAAGUCCCUGAAAGGUCAGAAAAUCCUGUACAACCUGAAAAGCAGGAGGACCUUCCCUCUGCAGAAGUCAAAAGCAGCUCUGAAAAAACGAAAGGAAAAAAGGGAGGUGGGAAAGACAAGGCAAAAAACACCAAAUCACACACUGAACAGUUUCCUGAGAAGGAAGUAAAUCUCCGCUGCGUUACCUGCAACGACGAAUUCCCCACAAGAAACAAGUUGUUUGACCAUCUGAAGACCAGCGGCCAUGCUAUUGCUAUUUCUACAAACGCUACUCACAGUUCCACGAGCAAGAGCAGGAAAGAAAAGCGGAAAAACAGAUAAUACAUCCUCACUGCGCCUGAUAAGACUUUGACCCAAAAGAAACUCAUUUGGAGAUGUUUUUUGCGAUCUGUGUGAGAUAAGUCAAAUACGGACCCUAACCUUCUGUCUACAAGUUCAAUAGGUGAGAGUGAAACAAGAUGUAGUUUUAAAAUAAAAAUUUUAAAGCAUACUUUGUCCGACAAGGUUGCAGAUCCAUUGUCAGUGCAUGUGUGUGCGGAUUGAAUUGAGAAAAGGUUGGUUUAUUAAGACAUAAGGUGAAUUGAAUUAGAAAAACUGAAACAGGAAAAAAAAACAAUUUUUCUUGUCAGGUGCUGAUUGAGUUCACUGUGCUAAAUAGGUCAGCUUCAGUAAAAGAAUAAAAGCUCCUUUCAUAAAUGGCAUAAAGAAACUAAAGAAAUGAGUUUGUAAUCGCAUGGGAUAUUUGAAAAGAUUUACAUAAAACAAUGACUGACUGCUUCCAGGAAUGAGUGUGUGUGUGAACGGGUAAAUUAAUGAAUGCAGUGUGAUGCACUUUAGGGUCCUCCUGACGUGAUAAACGCUAUAUAAUUACAGACCAUUUAUAAUUUACUUGACCUCUGUUUUGCCUCCUGACCAUCAUUUUUCCCUGCUCCCUGCCUGCCGUGAUCGUAAUCUGCCCGUGCGUUCAGCCCCUGAUUCAUGUGUCUUGAUUAUGAUUGCAGCCUUACAGCACAUCCAAAUCUGAAAACUGGCUUCCAUAUAUGUAUUCAGCAUCCUUGAGUCAGUACUUUGUUGAACCAUUUUUCAUUUCUAUACGUUCAUCUGCAAUAACUCACUAUUCCCGGUCAAAAACAACCUGUCAGAGCCAGGAGGAAGGUAUUAUCGUUGUCAAUUUCAUAUACAUGAAAUACAUAUGCUGAUUGUAUGGCAGCAUUGCUUCUGUUAGUCAGCCCUAAGGAUAAUAAAUAAAAUAAAUAAAUAAAAGCUGUUUGUUCCAUGUAAGAGGAUCACAGUAGAGAAGCCCUCACCAAGCUCGGCAAGGCUACAAAAAACGGAAAGCAACAAUUAAUCAAAAAACCAGAAUAAAUAUCAAAUUAAAAAUGAGCUGGCAGAAGACCGUGAAUAGUUUUAGAGAGGAUUGUAUCAAUGGCAGCAUUUGCAUGGCCAACGUUGACCCCUUUAGCAUAACUCAUGUUUCAAAAGCUUUCAGAAUUCAUCAGAGAAACACAAUGAGCAGGGACAUGCAAACUACCACUAUUUGAAAGGUUUCUAAGAAUUACCUACAGAUAGAUAUUCAUAACGCAAAUGUUGGGUUGUUGGUUCAAACUCCCACUCCAUUCGUCUCGGUCAUUGUGUCCUUGUUCACACUUCAUCCGCCUUACUAAAGGUGGUGGUCAAAGACCCUGGUGUUGCUGAUUGUAUGGCAGCAUCGCAUCUGUCAGUCUGCCCCAGGAUGGCUGUGGCUAUAGAGCAGCUUACCACCAUGUAUGAAUGGGUUAAUGAAUGUGGUGUAAAACGCUUUGUAGUCCUCUGGAUUAGAUAUAGCUCCAGACAAAUGCACAACAAAGUUUUUUCUACAUCUGUAAUUAACAAUGUCUUUACCCUUUAUAAAGCAUAAUUUACACAUAUCUUGAGACCAAGUUCAUAGACAUAAUAGCCGUGUUGCACCCCAUUUGAGGCUCUUAUGACUUUCCAAAAAGUUCUAACUUUGCCAUUUAACUAAUUAAAAGGUUAGGUUUACCUUUUACAAUUUAAAGGUUAGCUUUGAAGGAUUGACCCUGUCAAAGGUAAUGCCAAGGAGGGAUAGCUUUUGAAUUUUCUGUUAAAAAUAUUCAAAUUAUUGUUGCACAUGUGUAUUGAUUUUGGCAUUACUGAAAACUAAAGCAAAAGCACAUUUAGUUGGACAGGGUUGAGAGUUCAUAUUGGUUUACAAGAAUUCGUUUCCUGAAAAAGUCAUUCAAAAGAACAAAAAGAAUAGGAAAAAACUAAUUUCUGUGAACUUGAAAUAUUUUGACAUAGCCAACAGGGGCCAUGCAGUGAUACUCUGUUGUUUGUGUGAGGAAUAAAACUUUUAUAGUGGGUUCACAUUCUUUUAA